AUGGUGUUCACCAAAGCAAGUUUGUCGUCUUUGUGUAAUACGCUUAACUUAUGGAAAAAAGCUUCCAUCAGGUGGUUAAACACUGAAAGUUCACUGUGGAGUUUGUCGUUGGUGUUCGUCAUCAGCAGCGCGUUGUAUCUGAUUUAUUUCGUACAUCCAGUUGACAUUUUCCAUCAACAGAGACAGAAGCAAGUCGAUGUUCUAAGGGAUCUGAGUUCGAAAUCCACGGAAUUGGAGGAGAAUCAAACUGGCAAAGGAAAUGUAGAGAUGUUAUUUCAAGGAAACCAAAUUCUAGAAAUAACUCUGAAUGCUUGUCGCAAUGCUAAGAAAAGUCUGUCGGUUUCAUUAGAAAAAGCCAAAGAAAUUCGGCAAAUGGCCACCACAUUGAACGUUAAAUUGGAACUGUGUGAAAAACAGCGGAGACAAGAGAAGCAAAAAUCGGAGGAUUUGACAAGAAUUUUCAAUGAAGAAAAGAAGAUAAUCGAAUCAAACGUAACGUUAAAUCGAGAAUUUUUCGAUUUUCUGGGCUAGCACAUGCGCAACACGCCCUACAAGGGUGUGGAAGAGUACGUCCGAUAUUCAGCAGUUCGUCUACGGCUGUCACCUUUAGUCAACGUGAUGAAACUCAAAACAGAGUUGGGUCCAGUCAUGAAUGAUGUCCUUUCAUUUAAUUACCCCAUUAGUGUCUCGCGGUGCCAGGAGAGUGCCAUCGGAAAUCAAAGUGUUUUUUUAGCUGUGAUAUCCGCAACGAAUAAUUUCGUCAAGAGACAAAUGAUACGACAGACGUGGCUCCGUCACUUUGAAACGGCGCAUGCAGAACUGGGCAUGAAACGGUUUGCUUUCAUUUUGGGGAUGGCAGACGACAAUGCGACGCAGAAGAGCGUAGAAGAAGAGAGCAAGAAAUUCGGCGACAUUAUCCAAAUUGGAAUGUCCGAUUUCUACCGAAAUCUGUCGUUGAAAGUGGCUGCGUUGUUCAAUUGGCUUUACAGGAAUUGUGACAAAAUCGACUUUGUCUUCAAAGUGGACGAUGACGUCUACGUCAACGUCCGCAAUUUAGCCCAUUUCGUUCAUUCUUUCCACAAUCGAUCCACUAAUAGCAUCUUUGGCGUAUCUGCUGUUAACCUUAGACCUGCCCGAGGUGGCAAAUGGAACAUCACGUUCGAAGAGUGGCCGUGGAAUGAAUAUCCCCCUUACUUUUUUGGACCAGCUGUUUUGAUGCAUGGAAGUGCAAUUGUUCCGUUAUUAGCCAGCUUUCAAACGACGCCCAUCAUGCCGUUCGACGACAUAUACUACAGCGGAAUCUGCCCCGCCAAAGUUGGAAUCCACGUCCGUUUCUCAACUGAUUCAUCCAGUGUCCUCGCCAUGAAUUUGCGUGGCACUCCUAGCCCGUGCGAGCUGCGUCGUUUCAUCUCGUGGCUCACUGUGUCCGGCAGUCACAUGAACGACUCUCAUGUUGCCACCAGCAAUUUUUACAGCAACGUGACCCAAUGCAUUUUCGCUGACAACGCAGCAGCCAAUCCCAGUGAGCCAGUCCAGUUUUACUUCCGUUAGUCAAAACAAUGGACUUCCUGAUUGGUAAAGUUGUAUUUUUGAAUCCCUGGCAAUAAGUUUUUCAUCAUUUCUUUUCACCCAAUGGUACCAAAUGAUUUCACCAUAUCUGUUAAUUGACGUCUGACAUGCGGCUAAUUAAAUGGAUUCAUGUCGAACGCAUUUCCUUCCGGUUCGCCAUCGUUAAUCUCUCUGCAAUAAACAAGCGGUGCUAUUCAAAAGCA